AUGAACGCCAUCCAGCAAAAGUGUCGCCCGAAGCACCAAGUCCUCGUUUUGAAAUGCUACCCGCGGACCACAAAGGGCGCCGUCGACGUCAAGCCGAACUCGAGCGAGCUCAGCUACCUGCUGUUCUAUGCUCAGUCGCGCCGCUCAAAGAUUCAUAAGGUCGGCAGCUUCCUUGAGAAGAAGACGGCCAGCGACGUCUACCGUCAGCGGAUUGGGAACGUUCAGGUCACUCUGCAAAUCCUGACGGCCCUGAUCGAAAAGACGCCCAAGGACCUCCCCCUGUUCGCAUCAUGCGUCCUCCAGAUCCUUGAGCAGAUCCUCAAGUCCCACGACAUUACCAUGGUGGAAUCCUCCGUCCCGACCUUUGAGGCCUUCUGUACCCACCAUGACCCGACCUCCCUCAUGGCCGACCAGGCCUACUUGCGCCAGUACCUCUCUGUCGUCCAACAGUACGCAUCUCUCGCCUCGACGCGCGCCUUCCCUGGGAAGCUCGAGCCGAGCAAACCGACAGCGCUUCGGUGGAGGAACACCGGCCUGAAAGCCAUCAGGAGUGUUGCCUCAUCCGAAGCCCUCUCCUCCGUCACGACCCAGCAGUACGACCUGGCCGUGCCCAUGAUCCUCGAGAAUCUCUGGACCGAUAACGAGGGCUUUCUCGACGUCUUGCAUCAGCGAGCCGAGUUGGAGGAGAAGAUUGGCGGUGCUCUGUUGAGAAGACGGACGAGCGUUGCGACAGUACAGACGGCCGAGAGUGAGGCCAACACGAACCCCAUCGCCCUUGCUGAUACUGCCGUCGACAUGGACAAGUUGGCUGAGGAGGACACUGGCGUGCUGGCCAUGGAAUGUUUGAAGCAUAUCUUUGUCACCCCCAACAGGUCACAAGUCCAUGCUGCUACGGUAGCCCUCCUCAAAUUCAUCCAGGAGCGGGUGAGCCAGCAGGAGGAUGUUGUCCGGACGGAUUUCAAUGGGAGGGACAGCGGCUGGGCUGUUAAGAUGUUCCUCCUGGUUGCCCGCUGGGCCCCCGUCGCCGAGCGCUUCACCAUUCUCGUCACGGCCAUGGAUUUUCUCGUCCAGCACCCCUUGGCCGACGAUACUCUGCGGCUACACAUUGUUAUGGCCGCCAUAAUCGGCGCGCUCUUGCGGUCGGAUGUCAACCUGAUUGGUCUGAGUGUUAUGGAUGUUCUUCUCCAAUUCAUCGCCCACAUUCGGAGGCUCGUUCAGAUGCCGGGGGACCCGAACAGCAUGCGCAGCGAGCCACCUCUUCCAGGCCAGCCAGAUCCACGCUCUCAAUCCGCUCGCCAGUUUGCCGACAAGGCGGAGCAGGCCGCUGCUGAACGCAAAGAUCUGCUGUUCCGGUUGCAGGAGUGCGUCGGGGAUCUGGCCACGCACGUCUACUACACGGACCAGAUUUCGGACAUGAUUUCUACCAUACUGCAGAAACUAAAGCCGUCCCGAUCCAGCAGCAGCCCGGGUUCACCUCACGGUGAUAAGACAGACAAUACCCCCAAGUCGUCCGUGCGCGCCCUUCCUGACGAGCAUCAUGUCGAUUCCCUAUUCGCCCUCACCGUCGCCAAGAUCGCCGCGCUGAGGGCAAUCAAAUCGGUUCUGUUGGUCGCCAACCCCAGGAGCAAGAUGAGCGGAAACCUUGGUCUCUCAAGGAGCCGCGUCCCAGUCCAGAUCUGGGAUGGGACACAUUGGCUGCUGCGAGACCCGGACGGACUCGUCCGCAUGGCGUAUGCGGACGCGGUCAUAACGUGGCUGGAGCGCGAGACGACGAGCGCUGAUUCGAAGGCGAGAGACGAGACGGCCCGGCCGACGCUCAAGAACCGGGAGCUGCCCGGCGCGACGCUUGCGAGGAGGGCAGUCUCGAGUGCCUCUGCCCGAGAGAAGCCCGUCAAAGUUCCACGGUCGCACUUCUUGGAGCUCCUUCAUGUGGCCAUCUACGACAACGCCAUUCAGUAUAUCGACUACGACACUGAUAUCGUGCUCCUCCACGUGCUACUGGCAAAACUAGUGGACAAGCUCGGCGUCAACGCUGUGAGAUACGGGCUGCCCAUGAUUUUCAGGCUUCAGGAGGACAUUCAGGACGCCGAAACGCCUGUCCAAAAGGUCCGGCUUGGAAGCCUUGUGCACGGCUAUUUCUGGAUCUUAACUGAGAGAUUCGAUUUCGAGGGCUCCGUUGUGGGAAGGGCGAUCCACAAUGAGAUCGUCCGGCGCCGCAGUAAGAACUUCUGGGUCGACGGCACCAGUAUGCCGCCCCCUCUCCUCGAUUUGGUGGGUACCCCGGGCACGGUUCGCCACCAGCCAAGACUUCCCAUCGAGGAGAUUGUGUCGGAAGCACUGCUCCCCUUCGAUGAGCGCCUGGCGCUAGUGGAGUGCGUGUGCACCGGGUACCAGGAGCAGCUUGCUUCUCCGACGCAGAGUCCGGCCGCUAGUCCAGGUCGGAGUUUCUCGCAUCCCCUCUUGGGCUCGACCAUGAGUACCAUCCUAACCAUCGAAACCGAGCACGAGAUCCCUCCCCAUUUCCGCGAGCAGAUGCUCAGCGAGUGGAGCCGCGAGGCCGUCCUGGCAGCGGUGCAAACCACGAGCAAAUCCGCAUCCCUCAACGGGUCUCGGUCCGGGACGACAGGCACCAACCGCCUGGCCGCCAACGGCGGGCUGACAGCGAACGGACACAACAACCUCAGGCCAGACCACCGAGCAACCCCGCAUGGCAGCAGGACCAACCUCCGUCUCACCACCUCGCCGGGCGUCGGCUUGGACACGACGGCCAAGGUGCGCAAAUCCAGCCUGCGCAGCGCACACUCGCCCGGCGUGCCAAGCAACGGAGGAGGCGGCGACGCCAAGGAGCAGCAGCAAGUCGCCUCGGUCGAGCAGCUUAAGCUCGUCUUGUCGGGCCACCUGCAGCCGCCGCCGACUAUGCACCACCACCACGGCCCCGGCAGCAGCUUUCACCACGGGCGUCAUGACGACGACGAGGAUUCCAGCAGCGACAGCCUCGUCAGCUACGACAUGACGCCCAGCGAACUGUCCUUCAACCCCGUCGCCACAACCACUACCGCGGGGGCAGUCGGCGGCGGUGGUGCCGAGCGGCUGUCGUUUGUGGAUGGUCUUCCCUCCGAUCUGAACAACAACAAUAAUAAUAAUAUCGCGCGCCCCGUCUCCCGCGAGCGCAAGUCAUCCCUCCCGGGCGGCCCGCUCAGUUCCCACCCCAUGGCACAAGAUGACGAUGGCAACGGCCAUGAACACCACCGCAACGACGAUGAUGAGGAUGAGGAUGGAUCUGUCCCGCCUGUCCCGCCGCUUCCUACAGGGCUGGUGGUAGUGGACGGUGCCGGUGCCGGCGCGGCAGCAGGACCCGGACGGGUGACCAACUUGAACGCUGCUGCCACGCUAACACCCAGGCCGUCGACGUCGAAACGGAGUUCCCGGUCGCUGUUGUCGAGUUCGUGGGCUUCGGCGGCGGUGGAUGAGAAGAUUAGGAUGAUGCCUCCAGCGGCGGCGGCGAUGGACCUGAAUGCGUUGCUGUUGGGUAUUGAUGCGCAUGUCGGGGAGCAAGGGUUUGCUGCUUUGGAUCUUUAG